GUAAGUAAAGAAGAAGCUCUUGAGGGCCAUAUUUGUCUUUCUGGAAAAUAAAUUGCUCCAUUUUCCCUCACUAUAACGGAACAGUAGUCCUUCACGGCUCUCUCUCUCUCUCUCUCUCUAACAUCUUUCCCGGGGAAAUAGAGGGAAAAUUCUCAGUCAGAUAGGGUUUAGGGUUGUGUAACGAAUCAUAAAAAUGUCUCAGACGGGGAAAUUGAUGCCGAAUCUGGAUCAGCAGAGCACUAAGAUGCUCAAUCUCACUGUUCUGCAGAGAAUCGAUCCAUUCAUUGAAGAGAUUCUGAUCACGGCUGCCCAUGUCACUUUCUACGAAUUUAAUAUCGAGAGCAACCAGUGGAGUAGGAAGGACGUUGAAGGAUCUCUAUUUGUCGUUAAGAGGAAUACUCAACCGCGGUUUCAGUUCAUUGUAAUGAAUCGGCGAAAUACAGAAAACCUUGUAGAGAAUCUUUUGGGAGAUUUUGAAUAUGAAGUUCAAGUGCCAUAUUUGUUGUAUCGAAAUGCAGCCCAGGAAGUUAAUGGUAUUUGGUUUUACAAUUCUCGUGAAUGUGAGGAAGUUGCCAACCUCUUUAGUAGGAUACUUAAUGCAUACGCAAAGGUUCCUCCAAAGUCAAAGGUAUCUUCAAGUAAAAGUGAAUUUGAGGAGCUUGAAGCAGUUCCGAGUAUGUCAGUGAUUGAAGGUCCGUUGGAGCCUUCAUCAACUGUCUCUGCUCCAACUGAUGGUCCAGAGGAUUCUUCCUUUGAUAAUUUCUUUAGUGCAGCUAUGAAUAUUGGAAGCGGUGCCCCUAAUUUGGCAAAUUCAAGACAACCUUAUCAUUCUGCAGUCACUGUCUCAACACCCUCCCAUACGCCUAAUAUCGUUUCCCCACCUUCACAAACUCCACAACUACCAUCUCUUCCUCUUUCAUCUUUGCCUACUUCAGUAGCCAUCCGUGACACACCUGAUCCAAUCAGCAGUAGCAAUCGUGUUACUAAUCUUGUGAAGCCCUCUUCAUUUUUUACUCCACCUUCUUCGUCCACAUUGAUGGCUCCUCCUAUCUCAUCACCUCUGCCUACUGCUCCUGCUCUUCAUCCUCCCCUAAAUCUGCAACGCCCAUAUGGGACCCCAAUGCUUCAACCCUUUCCACCUCCCACGCCACCCCCAUCUUUGACUCCUAGUUCUUCUACCACACCUGUUAUUAACAGAGACAAAGUCCGUGAUGCACUUUUGACACUUGUUCAGGAUGAUCAAUUUAUUGACAUGUUUUAUCAAGCACUGCUGAAGGUGCAUCAUUCCUGAGGUACUAGAGAGACACGGCAGCCUUUUCCAUUGGCAUAUCUGAUCACGUAAAGGAUGCAUGCUUGUAACAUUGAGUUUGGUGUACAGUCUAGUCCACAGAUAUAAGGGUGACACACGUCCCUGUAAUGAGCUUAUUCAUAUUUGCCGUAAAGUUACCUGGUUGUGGUUGGAAGGGAUUUAUUAUUUGUUUCAGUAUUAGGGUGUCCUCCACUCUGAUGGAAAUGUUGUAGCAAUAGAAACAGAAAGUUUUUAUGAAUCUCAAGAGGUCAUUUGCAGUUUUUCAGGCUCCGUAGGACACUAGCAGUUGGGUCAAAAUCUGUGUUAAUAAGGAACUAAGGACAGUUGGUGGGAAAUGAUGUUUGCCUCUGCUUUCUAUUUCUUUA